CAGUUAUUCAAUCAGCGAGAGGAGACAGCACGUAACACAGAACUCAACCCUGAAUCCAUCGCUGCUGAGGUGAAAGAAGAGAAAAAGGCCAUUGAGGGUCCAAAGAUACGGUCAAAGAAUAAGAGUGGAGAAUGGAAGGAGAGUGAGAGUGGACUUGAAUGGCUGCCUAAUGAGUUUGACUCUGAUUCUGACAAUGCCAAGGAGGAUGAAGAUGAUGAUGAUGGCUUGGCUGAGGAGUUGGAGAAGAAGAAAGAAGAUAUGGUGGAUGUCAUGGGCAGUACCAGUGAAGAGGAACAACAUAUGCUUAAGAAAGGUAAAUUUCAAUAUUUUUGUGUUUAACGCGAGUAAAUAGAG